CGUGAAGAUGUCGACGGGAGUGUUUCUAAGUGUUUUGCUCUUCCUUCUAUUCGUGAUUUUUAUUCGACGAAAAUAUAACUUUUGGAGGAAGCUAGGAGUUCAAGGACCUACUCCCACAUUUCCCUUUGGAAAUCUUCGUGGUGUUGGGACACAAUUCCAUUCAUCAGAAUUGAUUGAUAAAUUGUACCACAUUUACAAAGGUCAGACACCACUUGUUGGGAUUUACUUUUUCCUUAAGCCCGUGGCAUUAGUAUUAGAUCUCGAUGUGGCUCAAGAUAUCCUCGUUCAGAACUUCAAAAUAUUCCCAAAUCAUGGAUUUUUCUACUACAACGAACGCGAUGAUCCACUCACAGCGCACCUAUUCGCUCUAGAAGGGGAAAAAUGGAAACAGAUUAGAAGAAAACUUGGACCAGCCUUUACAGCUGCAAAAGUCAGCAUAAUGUUUCCGCUAAUGAAGAGAGUAGCGCAACAAUUGGAUGAUGCUCUUUCUGAGCAAGCUGAAAAUUGUAAAGAAAUCGAUGUCGUGGAAUAUGCCUCGCGGUUCACAACUGAUGUAAUUGGAAAUUGUGCCUUCGGAAUUGACUGCAAUAGUCUAAAUGAGCGUGAGAACAUUUUCUACCGAAUAGGUCGUCGCAUCCUCACAGAGAUGCGAACUUUUGAAUUAAUUAGAUUUCUUCUGUGCAGCACCUAUGUUGGUCUUGCGAGAUUUUUGCGCAUGAAAAUUGUCGUACCCGAAGCCAGGGACUUCUAUACGGGAAUUUUACGUGAAACAAUAAAGUAUCGUGAGGAAACUGGUACGGUGCGAAAGGAUCUCAUUGAUAUGAUGUUGCAAAUAAGAAGGGAUGGAAAAUUAGAAGAUUCAACGGAAGUGCUGGGCUCCAUGACUUUUAAUGAAAUUGCAGCACAAGUCUUUGGCUUCUUCAUUGCAAACUUUGAAACUUCUGCACUUACAAUUACUGCGUGUCUCUUCGAGUUGUCCCUCCAACCACACCUUCAGGAGCUUGCACAUGAGGAGAUUGUGCGAUGUGCCGAAGAAGAUGUCACAUAUAAAUCUCUAAUGGGAAUGAAAUAUCUUACGCAAGUUAUCAAUGAAAUCUUACGAAAAUACCCUGUUGUUCAUUUUCUCCAAAGACAAUCAAUUGCUGAUUAUAAAGUGCCCGGAAUGGAUGUAAUAAUUCCAGCUGGAACACUUAUUUACAUACCACUGUGCAGCAUCCAAAAUGAUCCAGAAUACUAUCCUAAUCCGUCGCACUUUGACCCAGACCGUUUCUCACCGGAAAACAUCGCAAACAUCCCUGAUCAUGCCUAUAUGCCCUUCGGGGAAGGUCCACGGUACUGUAUUGGACGCAAUCUUGGUCUAACUCAGACACUCCUUUGCAUUGCUACUCUUCUGCGAAAGUAUAAAUUCUCCCAAUGUGCCAAAACUCCCAAAGCCAUCAGACCAAAUCCCAAAUCUGUGUUUAUUAACACUGCAGGCGUAUGGCUCAAAGUGGAACGACGUUAAUAUAAUGAAAAUUUUCAUGAGACAUACAUAUAAAUACUCCUUGUCUCUUGCACUGGAAUAAAAAAAAAAUUUUUUUAUCGAGAAAAUAAAAAGAACUUUUCAUUUAAACGUUAAAAAAUUGUUUCGUAACUGAUAAAAAAUCAAAUAAAGCAAUUGUUGGGUUUCCAUUCCAACGACGAGGAAUGUUAUGCUGAACUUUAGAUGGCAUUGAUAUCGCAUUUCUUGCUUUGAAAAUGAUAGUUAGCAAGAAAAAAUUGAGCUUUGGGCUUUGACUACUAAAAAAAAAAGUUCAAUAAAGCUUGAACGAUAAGAAAAACCUAAUUCAUAAUUUUAUUAAAAAAAAUAAUUAAUUAAUUCAUAAUUUAGAUAAAACUAAAUUUAAAAAAAACGCUAAAAGAUAAUAAUUCUACAGAAAAAAAAUAUUUCCAUGAAUCAAUCUUUUAAUUUUUUUUUAAAUUUUUGUUUAUGAAAUUUCCAAAAAUAAUAAUAAAAAUUUAUUUCUCGCUUUAAAUUUUUUUUUUUUUUUUUUUUGAAAAAGAUAAAGCAGGUAUCAAAAGUCAACUAAAAGAUAAAUAAAGGAAGUAGAAGACAAAAAAUUGUAAUUUGUAAUCCGUUGAAAUCUUUUAAUAAAAUACAACAAGUUUA